GGUUAUUUUAGUGUGUGGUAUUUUAACUUUGUGUUCAUUCUUUUAUAUUGUUGUAAACUGCCUUGGAAAUAAUUCUGAUGAACGGAAGCUAUAAAUAUUUUAAAUAAAUAAAUGUAAAUAAACAUCUUUUAGGAUUAGCUGGGAGGGAAAAAAAUCAAAGUCCUGAAACCCAUCAAAGAAGCAGCAGAAUACAUUGUGUAAGCAAGGAUGGGAGAAUGGAAAGCCUACAUCAAUACAAUCCUGAAGGACAAGAACAUUGAAGAUGUAGCUAUCGUGGGAUAUUCUGACAAUAAAUCGGUGUGGGCAUCUAAGCCAGGAGGCCUGCUGGCAGCUAUCUCUCCCCAGGAAGUAGGAAUGAUCACUGGACAGGACAGAAAGUCUUUCCUGCAGACUGGGAUCACCAUAGCUGGGAAGAAGUGCAGCGUCAUCCGUGACAACUUGCUAGUAGAUAAAGAUGCUGUGAUGGACACUAGAACUAAAGGUGGCGACAACAGGUCCAUCUGUAUCGGGAAGACGGCUAAAGCUCUCAUCUUUCUCAUGGGCAAAAAGGGGGUCCAUGGAGGAGCUCUUAAUAAGAAGAUGCAUGACAUGAUAGCGAGCAUGAAAGUAAAAGGCAGCUAGAUAGCUUGAGCCACUUUUCUCCUGGAUGAAGGACACGCGGAAACUAGUGUUGCUUUAAAAUAAAAGGCAUUUAGCCAGCUCCUCCCUGUUUCUUUGAAUUGGGGUUGGCUUAGGGA